CUACUACUACUACUACUACUACUACUACUUUUGCCGCUGCUGUUGCUUCUGCUGAAGACCUCUGAUAAUGCCACUACUUCUACUUUAAUUCUAAUAAUACGUAAUUGAAUAUUAUGACAGCCUCAGGUAAUCGAGCACCGCCUCCCCCACGCAAACCCAGCCCACCCCCUCCAAAGGAACCAACACCACCUCCUCCCAAAGACCCGACCCCGGUACCACCCCCCAGAGACCCUACGCCGCCUCCUCCACCGAAGCCGAAGAAAGAAACGAAACCUCCACCCGAGAGAAAGAAACCACAAAAACAGAAAAAGAAAACUAAAAACAAGAAACAGGAUGCCAAAUCAUCCAAGGAAUAUGUCAAGAUACCCAUUAUUCCAUAUAAAUCACCAGGUAAUUAAAGUUUAAGUAAAUUGAAAUAAAAGAUCAAUAAGGAAUAUAAUGUGUUUUAAGACCUCUUGUUCUGUAUCUAUCAUAUAAAGUUUUAUCGUUUUUAUUAGAAUAUAUUAAUACAUGCAGUAGUUUUGGAAGUGAUUAGUUUACUUAGUUGGUGCAAAUACUGUUUGCUUUAGUAUGUUAUAGAUAACAAUUAUAGAGUUGUCUACUAUUUAGUAUUUGUGAUUACUUGAUUGAAAGCGAUAACUAGAGUAUAAUAACAAUAUAUUAACUGUAGUAUGAAAUCGUGUUUCA